GUUGAAACGCUUUCUGAUUUUAGCCAUCAAAUAUUUCAAGAAAUUCUUAAUGACGAUUUGAUAAUGGGACAAAUUCAACUGCCAUUAACUUCUAAUAAUGAACAUAUUAAAACAGAAAAUAUGACUAUUAAUGAUUUGCAAUUUGAAAGAGUUGAUGUGGAAGAUCUUUUAAUGACUUGGUCAAAAAAUAUACAUCAGAUGGCAUUUGAUUCU